UUCAGCUUCUUCUUUGUUUCUGGUUUUGUGGUGGAAGCCUCAAUGAAUUCCGCAAGCAAAGCUCCCUGUUCGAGCGAGGUUGCUGAGGAGAGUGGUUGGACUACGUACUUUGAGGAUUUCUUUGAUGGCAAGAGGUCCUCUAUAUCUUCUGGUGUUGUUGCUUCUUCCUCUUCUCUUCUUUCUGAUGCUGCUACGACAAACAAAUUAGCUAAUGUUCACGAAUUUUCUGGGAGUCAAAAUGGCGAGAGAUUGAGUUUUAAAAAGAGAAAGAAGAAGGACAUAGCAACUAUGGUUGACGAUGCUUUGGAAGAUACCGCAAGUUCUCCCCUCAACAGUCCCAAGGUUUUACAGGAGAAUCGGUCAGACAAACCAAAACAAAUGGAGGACAUACGCCUUUCUGCAGAGGAGAAAAGGAAUAUCUCAGGAGAAAGAGAGGAGAGGAAAGAAAUGGGAUUUAUGGAAAGGGAAAGUGACUGCACAGAACUGAAGAAGAGAGGCCUUUGUUUGGUUCCUUUGUCUAUGGUUGUCAAUUAUUUUGGUUAAUAAUUGAUUCUUAGUUUCUCAUAAUUUCUUCACUCAUGCACCCUUUCAUGAACAUAACCACUCCAAUCAAAGCAUUUUGUACAUAAUCAUGAAUUGAUAAUGCAGUCACUCGU